GGAAACUUUUUUUUCAGCAAAAUUUUAUGGGCACUUACCAUGUGCCUGGCACUGUUCAGUGCACUGUAGUGCAGGAAUGAAUGAGAUAGCUCAGCUUCCAGAAGUUUACCAUUUACUCCAGGGAGACAAGCAUAAGAAAGUGUGGUUUCUGACACAAUCUCAGAGCAAAGAGGAACCUCUCCAAGGACCUAACCAGAUGCAAGCCUGAUUCAUCUCCAUAUCUGCCUUCUCCAGAGACACUACUAUCAAGAAUCUGGCUGUCAUUGGAACCAUGGGGCCAAGUCACGUCUGCCCGCAGCUGCCAGCAUUUGCCUCACUGGACACCGAGGUCUGAAGCUUGACGCUGGCAAGAGCCAGCCCUACCCUCUUGGAGGAAAUGGCUGAACAGCCUGAGCAACAGCAGAUGAGAACUUCCUUCCUCUUCAUCCAGCUGCAGGCCCCCCCUGCUGGAGCUCUCCCCUCCCGUUCUACAGCAGCCCCAGGGGGCCCGGAGGAGGGACACAUUUUCCCAAGUCCCAGGACUGGGCUCUUGGCAGGCCGGGGCCUCAGGCGCACACAGGGCUUGGCUGCUCCUCCCUUGCGCCUGCUGCAGAAGGGGGGCUCUGGGACUGAGGAACCAGCUGCUUUCAGUUGCUCUGCUCUGAAGGAGGAGGAGAGAGAGGAAAAACCCCAGGAUCUGGAUGGAAGGAGGGGUGGCGUUUGCAGAUCCCCACGUCACAGACCUUCCCUGGCCACUGCCUCCAGGAAAUUUGGACGACUACAGCCCCUGUCAUGCAGCCUUCCUAGCCCAGCUCCCGUAAUGAGCGAUGAAAGCAGCGAUUCCUCCAUGGGCUGGGAGCACUGGCCAGCCAUCUCUGCCCCCCAGGACCUGUGGAGCACGGACCCUUGGUCUUGGGAUGCCUUGGGAUGUUCAGUUCCACAGGCCAACCUGGCUCACCCUACUGACAGGGGUGAAAGUGUUACGCUGAAGACAGCUGUUGCCACCUGCCAGGUGCUCCCGAAGAGCUAUGAGGAGGGCACUGGCACCACAGGGCGAGCCAGGAGAGCAAGGCUCUACAGAUACUCUCCGCACAUUCAGACCAGCCAGAGCUACCCCGCCCCGCCUGCCACUCUGCCUCUCAAGGCAGAGACAUUUGUUUGGGUUAACAAUGCAUCAGCGCAUUCCCAGAGUGUUGCCAAGGCCAAAUAUGAGUUCUUAUUUGGCAGAUCUGAAGAGAAUCCUCCAGAUACUAGUGAUCAUGGAGGAAGCACUUUACUCCCACCAAAUGUCACAAAUGAAUUUCCAGAAUAUGGGACCAUGGAGGAAAGUGGAGAAGGCCUAAGAACUUCUCUUGGGUUUGAUACAGAGUCUCUGCCAGGCGGCCCACAAGGGCAGCAGGGGGUCCAGCUUUUUGAUGACCAUCACUCUGGGCCUGACAGUGUUGCAGAAGGACCAAAAGAUGUCAGAGAGUCCCUCUCUCAAAGCCACCUCAAGGAACAAAGUUUACAACCCAUUGAUUCUUUGAUAUCAACUCUGAAAGCCACAGAAGCCAGAAUAGCUUCAGGAACAUUACAGGCUACAAAGGUACUGGACAAAGAUGCUACUUCUAGUUUUUCAGUUCAGCAGGUGGACAAGGAACAGGACACUGCCCCUCAUAAAACAAAGAGACAGAGAGCCAACAAAUCGUUUCCUUCUGGCCAUGAAAAAGGACCAGAUAUACCUCUUUCGGCUGAAGUUACGACUGAGGAGAAUUCUUACUUGAGCAUCCAGAAGAAUCUGACUGUGCUAUUAACUGGAGAAACUCAGGCAGAGCUUUCCAAGGUAACUGAUGAUGGUAGAAAAGGGGCUCUUCGUGUGCAGGAACCAGCUUGUCCAGUAUCCUCCCUGGGAAGCCCAGCAGUGACCCAUACCUCAGCGGGCAGUGUUCGUUUUUUGAGGGAAAGGAGGUCUGAUCAAGGUAGCUCCACAGGACGCCCUGGCCGGGUCAAACAUGUGGAAUUUCAAGGGGUGGAAAUAUUGUGGACAGGAGGGGAGAAAAGAGAGACACAGCAGCCUGUGGAUUUUGAGAUUCCAUUGGAAAGGACGACCUCUCCAGAAAGCAGAGAGUUUUCCAGAGUGCCAAGCCAUCUCAUCUCAUCUGCUGGUUUGUAUAAUUCCGUUGGUUUAACUGAGAGUGUUUGGGAUGAAACCUGGAAUGCUUCCUCAGAAAAUCCAGGCACUGGCUCAGGGACAUUUUCCCCUCUGCCUCUUGUUGACAGUGGAGAGGAUGAAGUCUUCCUCAAGGACAACAAAGAACAUCUUGAGAAGAAACCUGAACUGGAGAGAGACAAGGAAAGGACUCAUGAGCAAGAGGAGCACUUAAGGGGAGGAGAUGAUGAUAUCCUUGGGCCUGGGUAUACAGAAGACUCCACUGAUGUGUACAGCUCCCAGUUUGAAACCAUUUUGGACAACACUUCCUUAUACUACAGUGCGGAGUCCUUAGAGACAUUAUAUUCAGAACCUGAUAGCUAUUUUAGCUUUGAAAUGCCCCUCACACCAAUGAUACAGCAGCGCAUUAAAGAAGGCAGUCAGUUCCUGGAGAGGACGUCGGUGGCAGGACAACAGGAUGUCCUGAGCGUCUCAGCAGAUGGUGGAAUAGUGAUGGGCUAUUCUAGUGGGAUCACCAAUGGGCUGACUGACACCAGUGACUCCAUCUACAUGAAAGGCAUGCCUGAGAUUGCUUUCUGGGGAAGCAAUGCUGGGGUAAAAACAACACUGCUAGAGGCUCAUUCUGAUAUGGGGAGCACUGAAAUUCUGGAAAAGGAGACCUCAGAAAGUCUCAGUAAUGGUACCAGCAGCAACAUAGAAGCAGCCAAAAGGUUGGCCAAACGCCUUUAUCAACUAGACAGAUUCAAAAGAUCGGAUGUCGCAAAGCACCUAGGCAAGAACAAUGAAUUUAGCAAACUAGUGGCAGAAGAAUAUCUGAAGUUUUUUGAUUUUACAGGGAUGACACUGGAUCAGUCUCUCAGGUAUUUCUUUAAAGCAUUUUCUCUUGUGGGAGAAACUCAAGAACGAGAGAGAGUUUUAAUACACUUCUCCAAUAGAUACUUUUAUUGUAACCCAAAUACCAUUGCUUCACAAGAUGGAGUCCAUUGUCUUACCUGUGCAAUGAUGCUUCUUAACACGGAUCUCCACGGCCAUAAUAUUGGAAAGAAGAUGACCUGCCAAGAGUUCAUUGCAAACCUCCAAGGCAUAAAUGAGGGUGGUGAUUUCUCCAAGGAUCUACUAAAAGCGCUGUACAACUCUAUUAAGAAUGAGAAGCUAGAAUGGGCAGUAGAUGAUGAAGAGAAAAAAAAAUCUCCAUCUGAAGGUACUGAUGAGAAGGCUAAUGGAACACAUCCAAAGACCAUUAGUCGUAUUGGGAGCACUACCAACCCAUUCUUAGACAUUCCUCAUGACCCAAAUGCUGCUGUGUACAAAAGUGGAUUCUUGGCUCGGAAGAUCCAUGCAGAUAUGGAUGGAAAGAAGACUCCAAGAGGAAAGCGAGGAUGGAAAACUUUUUAUGCUGUACUAAAAGGAACAGUCCUUUACUUGCAAAAGGAUGAAUAUAAACCAGAAAAGGCCCUGUCUGAAGAGGAUUUGAAAAACGCCGUGAGUGUGCAUCACGCGCUGGCAUCCAAGGCCACAGACUAUGAGAAGAAGCCGAAUGUGCUUAAACUUAAAACUGCUGACUGGAGGGUCUUGCUUUUUCAAGCCCAGAGUCCAGAGGAAAUGCAAGGGUGGAUAAACAAAAUUAACUGUGUUGCAGCUGUAUUUUCUGCACCACCAUUUCCAGCAGCCAUUGGAUCUCAGAAAAAGUUUAGUCGUCCACUUCUGCCUGCUACUACAACAAAAUUGUCUCAGGAGGAACAGUUGAAAUCUCAUGAAAGCAAGCUGAAGCAGAUUACCACUGAGCUGGCUGAGCACCGCUCAUAUCCCCCAGACAAGAAAGUUAAAGCCAAGGAGAUAGAUGAAUACAGACUGAAAGAUCACUAUCUGGAGUUUGAGAAAACCCGUUAUGAAAUUUAUGUCAGCAUUCUAAAAGGAGGAGGCAAGGAGCUCCUGAGUAACAAUGAAAAUGAGGCUGCCGGACUGAAGAAGUCACAUUCAAGUCCUUCACUGAAUCCGGAUUCAUCCCCAGUCACAGCCAAGGUUAAGCGUAAUGUGUCAGAGAGAAAAGAUCACCGACCUGAAACACCAAGCAUUAAGCAAAAAGUUACUUAGAAUCCAUCUGUGACCAGGAAGUACUGGUCAUGGAGCAAAAUAGAGUUUUUCAAGAUCUUUCUGGUAAACCCGUGAAUAUAUUUUUAAACAGUCUGUGACUAAACGGUGCAUUAGUAACCUUUUCUAUUGUAUAGUUUUGUUAGUUUCUGUUCUGAUUGUCUCUUUGCUCUUAAUUUCUUCGCUUUGGUGAUUUUUUUGCUACUUGAUGACUAAUGCACCUUUUUCGUGAGGGGGAGGGGAUCAUGAUUUCAGAAUUAAUUGUGUGUCACUUUUCCUUUGGUUUUUUUAUUUGCCCUCUGCUCAGUCAUUUUAUGUAUUCUUGAAUCAGCUAUUACACUUUUUGAAGGUUAAAAAAUUUAAUUCAUUGUGAAACAUUUAACUGGACGAACUUGGUAGUUAGCAAAUUCUAGCCAGAGUUCAUAUAAGCCUUUAUAUGUGAAAUCUUGCUCAGUCACAGAAGUGAAAUUGAGCACUCACAGAAAUUCAGUUAAGAAUUACAGUUCUGGGACUCAAGAUGUUCCACUGUGAUGCAGGUGUGCAUACAUCUUCGCACUCACUGUUGAGUUGUGACCCUGCUGAAAGCAGGGAUAGGAAGUGUGAAGGUCAGAGGACUUGGAGAACCUAAGAAGUGCAUUAGCUUCCUUGAAGUGUUGAUUACAUUUCAGCCAAAGAAGGAAGGAGGGAGUGAAAUCUUUUGCCAUUGAAGGUUGUGGAAAGACAACACCAAGUUCAUUUUGUUUCCUAAAGGGUAGUGGCAAUAAUCGACUCUUGGGGAGCUGUAGCAGUAGGCAUGUGUUUGGUGUGUAGGAAAUUGUUACCUCACUCCCAGGGUCUAGACUAGGAAUCCAGAAUCAUCUCUAUCAUCAAUACCCUGUCAUUCAGGAAUUAGGUUAUUCAGUCAUGGUGUUAUUUCCUGUUUAUGAAAUACUGGGGUCUUCCUAACAAAGUAAUAUUGCAAAUGGGACCCCUUUUGUUCUUUUUUUAAUCAAGACAAAAUAAGACAGGAAAAAGUAGCUGCAGUUCAGCAAUGCAAUGAAUACUGAUUCUUUAAAAUAAAUCUGAAAGUAAUAAAUUGAAUGAAUUGUGGCUGGAAAACUGAAGAAUCUACUGGCUGCCUAUGCAAGGUUACUUACUUUAUUCUUAUCUCAGUCUUUUUGAUAGCCAAUUCACUCUGCUACUAUUGAACUUUUUCCUAUAAAUAAGUACUUUAUUUUAAAUCAUUAUUUUCUACCUACACAAAAUAGUUCUAUUAACCUUAUAGUAAUGAGUCUGUUCCAGUGAUGGUACCUUUGCAGUUUACAAGGAGAAACAGCACAUUCUCUUAUAGAGGAAGAGAAAGUGGAAAAUGAGCCCUCUAUGAGUUAGAAGUUUCUGAUUUUGAAAUCCUGAAACUUUGUGAUCCUGAGAGCUAUAAUCUCCAUGACUUCAGAUCUAUUGGAAUCACUUUGAAUACUCUUUUCCUUCCCAUACAUAUUUGCUCUAGUUCUACUCAGUUUAUUAGUUAAAGGUACUAUGACCAAAGAAUCAGGGACUCUGCAUGAAUAUCAUGGUUCUGGUAAAUUAGAGAAAACUUGCUGUUAAACUGUGGUGGUUUCUAGUGGCAUAUUGUUCUGGUAUGCCAGCAUUAUGUAUUAACAUUUAUUUCCUUUACCUCUAUAAAUGCCCAUAUUUGCUAGUGCCCAGAAAAGAGAAACCCCAUGCUAUGGUUGUAGCUGCUUGCUUUGUGAUAAAUAUUUUGCCACCCCUUUGAAAAACUUAUUCUAACCCUCUAUCUUGUUUACAUAAAGGCAAUGACUAAAUUUAUGUUUCAGAACCAUAAAACAAACAAGGUAGUUACCAAUAUGGCCCUGUGUUCCUGAUUAAUUUCUGUAGCUUCUGACCAAAUCCAAGAUUUCCACAAGGGAAUCAUCUUUCUUCCUUAAAUCUGAAUAAUUAACCUGUUUGUUUUCUGCCUAGAUAUUCAUACCAAGCAGAGAGAAAUACCUAGACUAUGUCAUCUCUGAACUUCAAUAACUAAAGAAAAGUAAAUGAAUGUGUUUGUCCACAGUGUGGCUGUGUCUGUGUAUAUAGAAUGUCUCUGUGUAUUUUACUUACAGUAUAUAAUAGACAUGAAAUGGUACCUUGUUGCAGUGUUUCUGACGUUUAGAGUAGUUCUGAAGUGCUCAGUUGGCAUCAGCACCACUACAGCAUUAUGCCUAGUGAAUGAUUCACUAAUGUUAGCCACAGGAACUGCUGUAUAUGCUAAUAGAUAAAUGAAUGAGAAGGACACUUGGAAGCGGCCAUAUACUAUGUUUGCAUAGUUUCUCUUUAAAAACAACUGCAAAAGGUUUUUCUGUUAGCCAGGAUCCCAGAUUGCCCUGACAUGAUGUUGCCCAUCUGCAGGGAUGCAUUGAGGAUACCUCUACCCAGUCUGUUGUCAGUGCGCCUAGCAGGCCAAGAGUGUAUCCAGUAGGAGGAAAGGGCCCCUGAUUUGACUAGAUUCUGAAUCUUGCCCAUAGCCAACCACAGUUUCCUUCAUGAUCAUUUCUUUCAUGUGGUAUCUAGUCAGAAGAAACUGAAGACAUUUCCUUUCACAGUUAUCCCAAGCCUGCUGCCUUGUUCACAGUACAGGGGACCUCUCCUCCUUUCCCUUUGAAGGUACUCCCCCUCUUCCCAUCCCCACUCCUCACCCAUACCUCAGCACCAGGAGCCUUGGGAUUUCUCUCCAUGUGAUAAAUCAUUAUUCUCCUUCACAUAAAUACACUUAAUAUUAUUUUUUGUACAGAAAAUCUUGAUAGCCAUCAGAACACCUUGGUGAUAGUCUUGUUGCAAAAUUGACCAUAGAAGUGGCCCAUGUAUAAAAUCUUUUGAGUGCUUUCAAGAUUUGUUCCCCCACCCCGCAUGUUGACCUUUCAAGAGAUGUCAGAAAUCCAUUGUUAGCAAUCAAACUUAACUACUAGCAUGCAGAGUCUUCAUUUUAUUGCCAGGCUAUAGCCAUCGUUUGAAGUGAGUUUUUAAGAAACAUUUUGGUAACUCUUAGCAACGCCUAAAUAAACCAAGCAAUACUUCAUGUAUUUUAAUUAAUCAUAAGUAAAACCAAUAUGUAGGAGACUCCUCUGGUAGAACUGUAGUUCCUAUUGAUCUUAGGUAAAGAAGGUAGAAAGUAACUGUGCAAGACCCUCUAGGCUUCUUUGUUAUCCUAAUUCAGAAGAUGAGCAGUAUGAGGGAAUUAAUUCUGGAAGAGCAAAAUUGGCUGGCUUUCUAACACCAAGCUAGAGGUGGUCUCUAGAAUUUGUAUUUCACCCUGUGGCCAAACCACAGAACUUCUGAGGUUGCAGAAGAAUUUAUAUAACCAGCAGUGAAGGAGAGUUUUCUGCUGGCCCUAGCCUGCUACUCCUUCUGAUGUAAAGAGCUUGAAAAGCUGUUCUUAGGUAAGGCAGGGCCUGAUUUGGUAUGAGCUUUAACUCUGCUCUGCCUUUAUCCCUAAUCAUAGACAAUGGAAAGAAACUUUACCUUUUAGAAGUUGUCUUACUAUCAAGACUUUCUUGGUAUAGUUACUUGUUCUUAAGAGUUUGAAUUCCUUUGGCAUCUUUCCUUGUAGUCAUCAGUUAGGCUUUUUAAAGCCAGAAUUCACAGGGAAUUUCAGAGCGUGGUAGGUCCAAGUUUCGGUACAUUAGCUCAUGGACCCAGUCAAGUUUUCAGCACAUUGGUAGCUACCUUCCUUAAUUUUAGCAGCGAACAAUCUCUUCACUUUUUGAAUGACAAUUUUUUCCAGUUGUAACAGUAACACUGUUAAGCAAAGAACCAAAGUGGCAUCCUAGGACUUAUUCAAAGUUUAAUGAAUAAUAGUGUAACUUUGGGUUUAAAUCUGUUUUUCUCAGUCUCUGGGUCUACCUUGCUUGAAAUCUUUCUUGCUGUCUCUUCUCCCAGGCCAGGUCAGGCUACUAAUUGGCCUCAAGUCAACAGGUAUUUCCAUCAGCCUUUAACAUCUUAUACUAUCAAGUCACAUAGAGGACUUUACAGGUCAGUAGUUCACUACAAAAUAAUUCCAACAAGUGAUAGGGAGGUGCUUUGUCCUCAGAUUCCUUUCCAGUGUCUCACUGUUAAAAGGGGGACUAAAGUCGAAAGCCAUUGUCAUUCUCCUUUUGUACCUGUAGUAUCCAAAACCCAAGUGGGCAGUAUUCUGCUUCAGACAAUAAUACCCAUUGCAUGCAAAGAGAAUAUCUUCAUAGAGAGAAUGUCAGUACAUACUUGAAUCUGCAUGAUAGUUUGUUGACUUGAAUGCAACAGCAAGAAAAUAUUGCAAUUAAGUUAAGUAAUUGUAUAUACAGUUUCCUUAAAUCUCCCUGGCUCAUUCUUUGUAAUUUAUGUGUGUAUCUGUAGUAUUGCAGGCUUUUGGAGAAUAUUCAUAGAGCUAGUACGUCAGACAUCAAAGAAAAUGCUUUCUGUCAUUGCCAAUGUUGUAUUGUGGGUAUUUAUAUUGUAUGUGUGUAUAUGUAUAUGUAUCAAUGUGUAGACUGUGUAUCAGUGUAUGGUAUAUGCAUAUCAAAUUUAUUUUUAUCUUUAAUAACCAGUGUGAUAUGAAAAGCAAGUAAAAACCUCAUAGGAUUGAUUAUAUAAUACAGUUAUUGAGAGUAUAUAUAGUGGUACUGUUUUAUUAAACUUAAAAUGAUAUUUUGAUUAGAUUUUUAAUAAGAUUGUAUGUUUAAAAAUUUCAUCUAAGAUCUUUGAAUCACCAGGGCAAAAAUGACUCUGAACUAACUUUGUGAAACUAUUUCAGUGUACUGUGUAUAAUACUAAUGGGAUAGCUCAUUAUAAUUUGCGAUAUACAGAAGAAAAAAAAACAGGCAUCCUAUGCAGUCUUAACAACUUCAGUAUCCUGAGCACUUAACCAUAAAAUCAAACUGACAGUUUUGGGCUUAUUACAAAAUGUGAUGCUUUAAAGCACACGUUCUUUAUUGUUGUAAUUGGUCCAGAAAAAUCGAGCUUUCAGAAGAAUUGAGUAAGUGCCCACCAUAUCAUUUUUGUGCCUGUGUCUGUUUUACAGUAGUUCAAACCACUCUUCUAGCACCACCUCCUUACCCUCUUUACUUUAAAGAAAUAUUACAAUGUUCAAGUGUAUCAGGGCUUCCCAAGAUCAGGUACUAUAUUCUAGGUUUGCAGUUGUACAAAUUAGCAUCUAGUAUCACAAGUAAAAGAAUUUUAGGGCAGGCUAUGGACCAGGUUAAAACUUUAUUUAAUAUUUUUAUACUUAGGUCUCUUCCUGCCUCUCCCCAAAGAAGAGCCACUGGCCUUAGUUGUUUGAGCUUACUGCUUAUCUUACAGUGUGUAAAUAGAUAAUUAGAGAUUAAAUGUAUAUUAACCAGCAUGUUUGGUGUAUUAAAGCCGCAACUGAGUAUGUUUGAGUGAGUGAUUGAGUGCAGUAUAUUUUUAAACAUACUGGCUCCUAUUCUUUGCAUCUGGUUCAGAGAAUUGGAGUUGUGGGAUGGGAGACUAAUAUUCAGCUCCAGUCUGCAGUAGUGUGUUGGUAGUUACAUUGGAGUUUUUAUUCAUUCUACAAUUUCAAACUAUUUUCGCAAAUAUAUUUCCUAAUUUGUUCUUGACGUGCAGUGAACUGGCUCUGUGACUUAUCAGCAGGGUCUUUGUUCUGCAAGAGUGUGUUUCUUUCUAAAAAUUAUAGUGAUUUGCAAAAGCAUACGUUUGAUUCAGAAAGUAUAUACAAAAGGAGUAGCCAAAAUAAAGUUUCAUUUUGGGCCUUAAUCUUUUGAAAUGUUUGGACUUUUAAUACAAAGCCAUGUAGGUUAUAAAGCCAAGUAACCAUUUGGUGUGGAUAAUAAUAUUCACUGUAUAGAGAGUAUAUAUGCACAUUGAUUUUUAAUGCUGUUAGAAUACUUUUUUAAGUUAUAGGAAUGAGACUAAUUAGACCAAAUUGAAGUUAGGGGGCUUGUUAGGGGAAGUGUGUGAGCUGGUUGCCUUCCAUUUAAGGUAGACAUACAUGUGGUCAGUCCUCUGCUCCUGAGAGAUUCAGAACCAGUUUACUGUCCCCUUAGAUGUGUAAGGGGAAAGUCUUACACAUCUGGGCUCUCACACGUGUACAUACACUAGCACACAUGUGCACAUAGUGAAUGUUUUAAGUUGUAGAAACUUAAAACACAAAGGGCCAGAGUGUAAAUGAGGUGAUGAACCAGAGUGGUGGAAGCUGCAUCACAGGAAUGUUUUCUAAGGGCUAGGGAGGAGUUUGAGCUCUAGUGUCUGACUUUGAGAAGCAUUGGAUUUUUAACAAAUACGUGAGGACAUACUGUCACAUCCACCAAAUUGAAAUCUUUCUUAUAAUUCACAAGCAGGAGGUCUCCCAAAACCCUGCAGUAGCAUGGGGACAUUCCAGAAGGCUGAUUGAUGUUCACUCUUUUCCAGGGUGGCAUUGCUGCUUGCCCUGGAGAUCAUUCCUUUGAGAUAGGAACAUAAAUGGAGCAGCAACAAAGUACUUACCAUAGGAGCAUUGAUGUGAAUUGUACACACUCCCUUUUGAGCUGUACUGGUGAGAAGCUCAGAUUGAAGUAUGCUGAACAGUUAAGCAAUGACAGUGAAGAUGGAGAUUAAAAGAAACUUAGCUAAAAUGUAUUUUCCUUUGCAGGGUAAAGAGCUAAACUCUCACUAAUUGUGUUAUAAAAAGCACUUUCUCUUCAAUUCCUGAAAAUGUUGGUUAGUGGAGAGAAAUUUGGGGUUUCACUUGCCAUUUCCCUGUGAGCUUGUGUAGAUAAGACUUUAGACAGACACUCCCAGGAGAAUCCUAUUCAGAAAGCUCAGUUAAGGACAGUACUGUAGGUCUGAGGCUCCUUGCUCUGACCCCUGAAUACUGGGGCAAUACAGAGAGUGAUAAUAUAUUCUCUCUGCAAAGCGGAGCUUCUCUUCUGGCCUCCCACUCCACUAGGGCUUCUACUGAGCAGCAAGCACAUCCUGGAUUUCAGUGCUAUUUCCCUAGCUUUGGGAAUCAAGCUGUUCUAAGAGGUUGACCCUUCUGAGGAAAGAGAUCCAUUCAGAUUGACUGAGUCACUGGUGGUGACACAUGACAAAGGUAUUUUAAAAAUUCUCUACCUGAAGCCAAGACCAUAUAUUUUGUCUUUGCAAGAAACAAACUGGCACAUUGAACUCUAACCAGGGAGGGAUGAUAUCUUGCCUUUGCACCCAGAUUUCUGGAAAUGGAUGUUUCAGUUCUGUGCGAUGGGUCAAGAAACACUAAGCUUAUUGCUUUGCAUUUCUACUCAGUUCAGAUGAGAGCUAUUGGGUAAAGGCCUAAAUGCCUCCCUGCAUUCUCUUUUACCUCAGGUUUUAGGAGCCCAUUUCUAGAACAGAAAUUUAUACAAGUGGAGAAACAAUACUGUCAGCCUUGAUUACUGUAGGAUGGGUAGAAGGGUGGUAGGUAGUAUGUAUCCUUUAAUACAGAACAAGCUUCUUAACUUUUCCAGCCUAGUAACGGAGUUAUAUUUGCUGUGAUUCAGAUUAUUUGGCAGUGUGGACCAUUCCUUUAUCUUCAAAGUUUUCUCCACCAAUCAUUGCAGUUUGACUGUAGUCCUGGUGCCAUAUCUCCCUGCAAACUGUGAAGGUAGUGACAAAAGAGCAGACUACUCCUUUUCAGUGGCCAGUCUGUCAGCAUUAGCAGACCUAGGUAAGCUAGUGGGACUGAAUUCUGUACUGGAAACCUGUUCCUUAUUAUCACCCACCAGAUUGAAGAAAUGCCAUCUCCUAGAAAAUUACGGCAUUUAUGGUGGUCAUCUUUUUAAUGGAACAGUAAUUUAUGUGGGUAUUGUUAAAGUGUUUAGAGAAUAUUUUGAAAAUUAAGUUUACAUUUUACAAUUGCUUUAUUUUUUAUUAAAAUAGUUGUAUAUAAAUAUUACCCCAUUUCACUGUUGUUGAAGUAAACCUAAACCAUGUAGACAAGUGAGUCACCUGAUGUGUAUAGAACCUGUGACAUAUACACAGUACUUUUCUCUAUUGUGUAAAUGUUUAUGAAUAUAACUGUUCCUGUGUUUUUAUAAGUUGGGGAUAAUUUGUUGUUUUACAACAACAAAAUCUAUUGAAUUUAAGUGGAUUUUAUGUAAUAGAAGUCAUGCAAAAUAGCAAAGGAUUUAAAAUAUGUAUAUGAUAUAUGUAAAUGUACAAACUUUAGAAAAAUAAAUUAACAAAUUUCAAUGAUUUAGGGGAAUAUUUUUAUUUGCUUAUUUAAGCAACUGUAUAAUACCUUUAAAAAUCAAAACAACACAAUACACCCCCCUGCAUUAAAAAGAUAGCCAAAAGCCUACAGUGAGAGAUUUGACCAGGGUAAUCGAUUAAAGGUAUUAAGAAAGUCAAACUGUUAGCUCUUACUCACCUCCAUUAAUUUCUGUAAAACUUGCAUUUGCAUAAAGGUUGAUGAGACUUAGGACACAUACUGUCUUCAUCAGGAGACUUUAAGCAAGGAAAGAACAAAAGUUUUAAAGUAAUCUCAAAAAUUAAUUUGCAUUCCUAUACUCCUAACACUUUUCAUCAAGGUAAGAGGACUGAAGAGUUAAUUAUUGCCCUAAAAUGCAAAUGCUCAUCACUGCUUUAUGGUGCCUAGUCUAUAUAUCUGUAUUCUCAUAACCAAAUUUAAUGUUAAAAAUAACAUCUGUUGAUUUGGAAAGUUAAAAAAUAAAAUUCCAUCCUAAUCACCUUAA